AUGAUUGAAGAGGCCGAAGAGAGCGAUAUGAUGGAGGAGGAGCCGCCUGACUUCUCGCAGAUGUAUGCUGAUGAGGAGCUGCCGUCGGACGCGAUGGAUAGCGAAGGUGCAGACACGUCUAUGGUCAGCACCUGCUCUACCAUUCGUCCAGCCGAGAACCCCGACGGUCUACUCGCGAUCAUCCUCGCCCCGCCAGCAGUCUGUCCUGCCUGCCCCGUCGCCAACAUCCAAGCCUCCGAGCCUGCCCCACACGGUGUCAAAUGUGGUCAUUGCAGUUGGGCCAUCGACGGCGCCACUCUGGCCUCCAUCGAUCAACACUUCGUUGAACAUAGUCGCAAUGAAGGAGCUUCCCAUCAACCCGUCAUGGGCUAUAAUCCGCACGUGGGCACCAACUUCUCAUGCUCCCGUCCCGAGUGCGAUGAGAUGGUCUUCGUCUAA